AGAGACGCCCCGCCCCCGCGCGGCGCUGCGGAACAGGAGCUCCGGGCGGCGUCGGCAGCGGCGCGGGAGGCGGCGAGGCCCGGACCGCAGGAGCCGGCGCGGCGACCGCAGCGAGGGCGACGGGGACUGAGCGGACCACGACGAAGACGUACAGGCAGUCGGGCCGAGCCGGGCCACGGAGCAGAGCGGCUGCCGGGCAGCGGGCGGAAGGCCGGGCGGGCAGCAGGCAGCCGCCGAGCCGCGGAGCCGCGGAGCCGCGGAGCGACAUGGUGCUGCUCAAGGAGUAUCGAGUCAUCCUGCCUGUGUCUGUAGAUGAGUAUCAGGUAGGGCAGUUGUAUUCUGUGGCUGAAGCCAGCAAAAAUGAAACGGGUGGUGGUGAAGGCGUGGAGGUCCUGGUGAACGAACCUUAUGAAAACGACGGUGAGAAAGGCCAGUACACACACAAGAUCUACCACUUACAGAGCAAAGUCCCCACAUUUGUUCGAAUGCUGGCCCCAGAGGGAGCCCUGAAUAUCCAUGAAAAGGCAUGGAAUGCCUAUCCUUACUGCAGAACCGGUGAGUUGUUCUAG